ACGAAUAUAAAGUCUCAGCUUGGACGACCGCUAUGUACUUCCCUACGUCCGCUGCUAGACAGCUCUCCUCAGCACCGCCGCUGCCGGUGCCGCACGAAGAGGUCAUCGCACUGGCCCCGAGCCCGCGCAAGACGUUAUUCUGUGCCCUGACAAGGAACAGCCUGUCUGUUUGGAGACUCCGACCGUCGGCCGUUCUCGCGCACCUCGCGCGCACUCUCACGUCUAUCGAAGAGCACGGCGAGAACACGUCAGCGGAGUGGGCCCCGAACGGCAGUAAGAUCGUGGUCCAGACAACCCAGUCGUUUCUCGUGCUGGUGACCGUGGAAGCGAUUGCGAAGGAAGAGGUGUAUGCUCCGCCGACGUUGGCACAAGGCCUGCGCCGCAACUUCCUGUCCGGACCAGGGGAGGCGCCCCCUAUACCCGCCAUCUCACUGCAGUUUGAAGGUGUCAUAUGUAUCGAUGGACAUCUCUUAGGCAUGUCGCCACGUAAAGACUAUAUCUUGUUCUCAACGAAGAGCCCGCCCUCAGUACAGCGCAUCCCGUGGCCGACCGUGCAUUCGGAGGACGGUGCCGGCAGCGACACCGAGCACUCCAACCAGCCCUUCUAUGACACCUGGGUCCUGAACGAGUACAACCUGCCGUGGCUCAAGGACGGAAACGUGACUGUGACCAAGAUCUUGCAUCCACGCCAAAGUGGGGUUGAGACGUGGAUCACGUCGGACGGCCGGGCAUAUCUUGUCCAGCUGUACGAGGGCUCCGAGCGGACGUCUGAAUCCGCGGACGAUACAAAGGGCACACAUAAGGACUCGAGCCCACCAGACAGACCUCGGAACUCGAUCGAGAGCAACCAUUCACAUUCGGGGCCUGUAUGGCAGGGCACAUGCAUACACGAUGUCGAGCCGCCAAAGUGGGUUCAGAAGCGCAAGAUGAUCCAUCCAGACGGCCCAGACGGCGACAAGUAUCACUGGGAAGACCCCCGGCGGGCCGUCGCUGUCGCUAUCAACGCCAAGUUCUCCGUCGUCGCGGUUGGCAUGCAUGGAGGGGCAGUAGAGCUUGUGAACCUGCCCUCAUACGAAGGCGUACCCCCUCCAGCCCAGAUCCUGCAAAUACCUAAUCUGUAUAACAAGAAGCCCGGCGCCGUCACCUCCAUGGAGUGGAGCUCGGAUGGAUACGUUCUAGCUGUCGGCUGGGAAGGCGGCUGGGCGAUCUGGAGUGUCGGUGGAAGGUGUCUUGCAUGGGCGUUUGGUGUUGAGUAUGAAGUGGAUGAAGAACGAUUCUUGGACGCUUUCAUGUAUGGUGUCCGAGGCUUUUUCUGGGGACCAGGAAACUUUGAACUAGUCAUGUUAGCCCAGUCGGCCCCGAACUCACCAGACGGAGAGCUCUUCGUUCUUCCGUUCGCCAAGAGUGCAAUUACAGCUCAACAUUCACCGGAUAACACCCAGUAUGCCUUCCUUCAGAUGGACGACCGGGUGCUUGUAUACCGUGGUGCAGACCAGCCUGACAUGAGUGUCAUUAACCCCGAGUCUGACGUCUGGCAGCGGAUCAAGGUCCCACAAGACUACCUCUCGACGAACUGGCCCAUCCGAUAUUCGGCCAUUAGCUCUGACGGUAGAUUGAUCGCCAUCGCUGGCCGACGCGGGCUUGCUCACUACAGCUCCAAUUCUGGCCGCUGGAAAAUGUUUGCAGACGAGAUCCAAGAGCAGGCGUUUGCGGUUAGAGGAGGCUUGCUGUGGUUCCAUCACGUGCUCAUCGCGGCGGUGGAGUUGAUGAAGAAUUACCAGAUCCGACUAUAUUCGCGGGACCUUGAGCUAAGCAAUCAGAAUGUUCUGUUUCGCGAAGUGCUCUCUUCGCCAGUGGUCAUCAUGUCCCUUGUGGACAAUUCCUUGCUUGUGUACACAGCGGACAACACGCUACACCAUUACCUGAUCGUACCGACCCAGGACACCAUCAAGCUCCAGCUUUGUGGGAGCAUUAGCUUCGAAGGUGUCAUCGCUGCGCCAAGUGCCGUUCGAGUAUUGAGUUGGAUGAUUCCAAGUGCUCAAAAACAGCUGGGUGAUCCGAUGGACGAUCUCUCCGUCGCGACUGUUCUUAUGAUUGUCGGCGGCCGGCUCGUCCUGCUGCGUCCGCGCAAGGCUGCGAACCAGGAGGUCACCUACGACAUGCAGAUCCUCGCGGACCGCAUCGAGUUCUGCUGGAUCCACCUGCAAGGCAUCGGGUCGCUCGAGAACUCCCUAUGGGGCUACGACGGCAAAGCGAUCCGCGUCUGGCUCAACGCGCUUGCCAUCGAAUCUGCACCUGCGACGGAUGAGCAGGGCCGGCCGCAAAGCGUGAAGGAGAGUGUGAACAUGCCGCUGGAUUUUUAUCCGUUAUCGGUGCUGAUGGACAAGGGAAUUGUCAUUGGUGUUGAGCACGAAGCUGCUACGAGGCUGAAUCUGCCAUUCGUGAUAUUCCGUCAUGUCACCAGCACCCAUCUGUUCCUCCAGCACAUCCUGCGCCACCACCUGGAGAGCGGCCAGCUGCGGGAAGCCGUCGCUUUCGCGCUGCACUACCAGCACCUUGUCUUCUUCGCGCAUGCGCUAGAGAUGCUCCUGCACGCCAUCGUGGAGGAGGACCGCGCCGAGCACGGCGCGGAGCCGGCGGACGAGGACGCACGCGGGUGUGACGAGGGUGACGAGAGCGUGCUGGCGCACACGAUCGAGUUCCUCGACCACUUUGACGUCGCGCUCGACGUCGUCGUCGGCUGCGCGCGCAAGAUAGAGGUCACGCGCUGGCCGCGGCUCUUCGACGUCGUCGGGAGCCCGAAGAGCCUCUUCGAGGCGUGCCUCGCCACGGGCCGCCUCGCGACCGCGGCGUCGUACCUCCUCGUCCUCCACACGCUCGAGCAGCUUGACGGCAGCCAAGGCGAUGCGGUGCGCCUCCUCCGCGCAGCGAUGGCUGCGAAGGAGUGGCAGCUGUGUCGCGACAUCUUGCGCUUCUUGCGGUCGAUCGACGACUCUGGCGCUGCGCUGCGUGUUGCGGUCGGUGAAGCAGGCAUUUUGGAGCUUGAGGACGAGCAGGGAGAGGUGAGCUCGUAAGACGUCUCUUACAAUGUACAGUCUGGUUCCUGGAUUUGUUGUACGCUAUGCUAGGAACAUUGUACGAUGGCGUGUGAUUCCAGCUGUGUAGCGUCAU